AGCUAGCAGGCACAGGCUAACUAGCUACUCCCAGGUAUCAGAAGAGAAGAUCAUGUUUGAUCACCCCUUAUUAACUUAAGGGUUUAGUAGUCCGGCGUCUGCUGGGUGUGUGGUGUGUUUCGAUAAGCGAUGAACCGACUCUUUCACUGUGUAUUAUAACGGAGGGUCGUAACACUUGGAUUAAAUCUGUGGUGAUUUAGCUUAGCUAGCUUCACGGGUUAGCCUAACGCUAGAAAGCCUGCGUUAGCGUCCAAAAGGGGGUUUCGUUGCUAGUGACUAUGCAAACGGAAACCACGGCUAUAAGAAUCACGGAAAACGAAGGCAAGCUGGAUGUAUUUCCCCAGAACAGGACCCCAAGCUCGGGGAGAGCAAGUGCCAAAAGCUGGCAGUACAGUGAUCACAUGGAGAAUAUUGAUGGCUACUUGAUGAAAUACACCAACCUGGUGACAGGGUGGCAAUACAGGUUCUUUGUUUUAAACAAUGAGACGGGUUUGCUGGAGUACUUUGUAAAUGAGCAAUCGCGGCCACAGAAGCCCCGCGGCAUGCUCCCCCUGGCAGGUGCCGUCAUCUCCCCCAGUGACGAGGACUCUCAUACCUUCACUGUCAACGCUAUCAGUGGGGAGCAGUACAAGCUCAGGGCCACCGAUGCCAAAGAGAGGCAGCACUGGGUGAGCAGACUGCAGAUCUGCACACAGCACCACACAGAGGCCAUGGGGAAGAGUAAUCCCCCACCUAAGUCCCGGAGCUACUCUAUGGCAUCACAAGGCAGUGGAAGCUCACCGAUGUCCCUACGCCGGCCCAGCCAAAACCCUGCCUCCUUAUUCGGCUGGUCACAGGUCCACAAGGGCUCGUCGCUCUACUCCAGCAAGAGGUCCCUGCUGCCAGACCACCUCAUGGACGCCAGAGAGAUGAUGAGCCAGGCCCAGGGCCAGCACAGAGACCUGAUCCAGAGUAUCGAGGGGUUGCCCGCAGCCCCUGGCAUCUCCCCUCUAGACCAGGAUCUGCUGAUGCUCAAGGCCACUUCCAUGGCUACCAUGAACUGCCUCAACGAGUGCCUGCACAUCCUACACCUGCAGCAGGUGGCCAGGCAGAGAGGCUCUCUGGGAGGGCCCACGAUCGAGUGGCUGGAGCCCAAGCUGCCUGACAUCCUGAAGAACGGCAGCAGCUCCCUGGGCAGCUUCACGACAGGGGAGGGCCCGUUGGAGGGGGGCCGACUGGAGCUCAGCAGUCCCGAGUCCUGCAGCUUCUCUGGGGAACAGGAAGACAUAGACGCAGAGGAUGAGGCGGAGGACUCCUUCACAGACAAGGAGGAGGACCUGGGUGCCGUGGAGGAGGAGCGCAGCGUCAUCCUACACCUGCUGUCGCAGCUGAAGCUGGGCAUGGACCUCACACGGGUGGUCCUCCCCACCUUCAUCUUAGAGAAGCGCUCUCUUCUGGAGAUGUACGCCGACUUCAUGUCACACCCGGACCUCUUUGUGGCCAUCACCGACGGCAGCAGCCCGGAGGACCGCAUGGUCCGGUUUGUGGAGUACUACCUCACCUCCUUCCAUGAAGGCCGCAAGGGCGCCAUUGCCAAGAAACCCUACAACCCCAUCAUCGGCGAGACCUUCCACUGCUCCUGGAAGGUUCCCAAGAGACCAGAGAACUCCAAGGAGCCCGCACAGGGAAGCGCCGACCUGGCCGCCUCCCAGGACUCCUACCAAGUGCGCUUUGUGGCAGAGCAGGUGUCCCAUCACCCCCCGGUGUCUGGGUUUUACGCUGAAUGCCAGGAGAGGCGGAUGUGUGUGAACACGCAUGUGUGGACCAAGAGCAAGUUCAUGGGGAUGUCCAUUGGAGUAUCCAUGAUAGGUGAAGGUUGUCUGUAUUUGCUGGAGCAUGAUGAAGAGUACACCUUCACGCUGCCCUGUGCAUACGCACGCUCCAUCCUCACUGUCCCCUGGGUGGAACUGGGCGGCAAAGUCAACAUCAGCUGUGCUAAGUCAGGCUACUCAGCAGUCAUCACAUUCCAGACUAAACCCUUUUACGGUGGCAAACUACACAAGGUGACAGCGGAGGUGAAGCACAACCCGACCAACGCAGUGGUGUGUCGCGUGCAGGGCGAGUGGAACGGCGUUUUGGAGUUCAGCUACACCAGUGGAGAGAUGAGGGUGGUAGAUGUCACCAAGCUGCCUGUAACGAGGAAGCGCGUCCGGCCGAUUGAGAAGCAGGGACCAACUGAGUCCAGGCGUCUGUGGCAGCAUGUGACAGAGACCUUGCGGCAGAAGGAUAUCGACAAAGCCACAGAGCACAAGAGGGUUCUCGAGGAGCGGCAGCGGACAGAGGAGAGGCACCGUGCUGAGACCGAAACCGCUUGGAGGACCAGAUACUUUGACAGAGAGGGUGAAGGCUGGGUUUAUCACAAACCACUCUGGAAAAGCUCUGCAUUCAAAUCCUAGUUUCUUCAGCCUGUAUCUUGGAUGUUGAUAUUGUAGAUUCAGGAGUGUAUGUGUGUGUGUGUGAGGGUGUGUGUGUGUAUGUGUGUGUGUCUAUGCGUGUGCACACACACACACGCGGUUGACGGUUAUGAAAUGAGAGCACUGCACUGACGUACAUAUGAAUGCAAAAUGGGAAGAAGGACAGAGAGACAGCACGACUGACGGUGUUCUCCACUCUCGCUCAUGAUGUUCACGAAGCCUCGAAGUACAAGCUUUUGUACUGCUGAUCAGUUUUUUUUAUAAUCCAAUGUCAAUGAAAGCAUAUUCUUGUACAGGUAAUGGUACUCUUAUUUACACAGCCUUAAGAUAUUAUGAUGUUUGGGUUCUGCUGAUCAACCUGGAUAUGUUUUUUUUCUUUUUUUUUUUUUUUUAAGAUAUGGAAUCACACAAUGGUAAAGUGACUUUUGAGGAGUUUCCUUCUGAAAUAUGAUAUCGUACAUAAAGAAAACCUAAAUAAUGAGUGCAAUGAUAUGAAUUUUUACAUGCACACAAUAUUCUGAUCUCUCUUCAUUAGACCUGCACUUGUCUUUCAAUCUCUGCACCCGUAGUUUGUAACAUUAGCUUUCAGCUUUAAAUUUGAAGUUUUCACAUCCCAAGUCGAGACAGCCGUUGCUAUGACAACGUUGGGGUUGUUGUUUCAGACUUGACAAAUCUCGUCCAGAGCCACAAAAGACCUUAAACAGUUGUAAUAAUAUAAAACAUGUCUUCAUCGGAGAAAUUAUGAUAUGUUGACACAGUCUUGAUGAAGACCUGUUUCAAAAUGUCUGCUUCCAACUACACUACUGAUCCUGACACUAUAAAGUCAAUAGUCAGGAGUAUUGCUUUAUGUGGUUUAAUAUCAGAUGAUUGUGUGCAUUUAGAUAUAUAAUAUGUGUUGAUUUGAAAUCAUGCGAUUUAUCUCUAAAUUAUUAUUUUGUUUACUUGCUGUUUGAUGCUAUUAAAAUUGACAACAUUGGACACGUCCCACGGCUGGAAUGGCAUGUCGUAGACUAGCAGACAAAUAACCAAAUUUGAAAUAAUCAGAUGACUGAGACACACAUGAAUGCAACUAAAGAUUACUACCCCGAUAUUUUAUUUUAUUUUUUUUUGUUUGGUGGUUUUGCAGUGGAUGGAAAAAUUCCCACAUGCAUGAAAGCAAAGUGUCCCUGUUCACACUCAUUGCGUAAACUGUGCUACUCCUGUGUCUGCAUUACUUCAAUUUCUAAAUCUGUUGUAAAAGCUUUUAACCAAACUUGCUUGUUUUGUAAUGCAAAUAAAUAUUUUGUUUGAAUGCG